CGUCAGAGCCGUGACGUUUGAUUUCUGGAAAUCAGUGAAAUGUGUUUUUCCUCCAAGUAAUUUUUAUCAUCACGCAACGCUCGAGAUUUUUUCUUUACUUUGGGACUGAAUUAGGAUAUCUGUAUAUCACGUCUCAUAUGCCUCUGCAGCAGAUCUGAGUUAAGAGUGCGGUGUGCACUAUGAGUGGGGCGGCGCUGGGAAUAGAGAUUGUGGUGGUCUUUUUCCUGGCUCUCUUCCUCCUGCAUCGCUAUGGUGACUUCAAGAAACAGCAGCGUAUGGUUCUCUUUGGCACACUGCUGGCUUGGUAUUUAUGCUUUCUCAUCGUCUUCAUUCUUCCUCUGGAUGUCAGCACGACAAUCUACAAGCAGUGUUUAAUUGAUCAUGAAGCACAUGCCCAGACGGCGUCAGUGAGCCCUGUGGUUUCAAACCUGACCACUCCAAAUACCUCCAUCUCAGCCAGUAAAAACACCCAACGUGUGUGCUAUAAACCAUGGAGCUACAUUCCAGAUGGCAUCAUGCCCGUGUUCUGGAGGGUUGUUUAUUGGACGUCACAGUGUCUUACUUGGCUCCUUCUCCCAUUCAUGCAGUCGUAUGCUCGUUCUGGAGGAUUCUCCAUUGCUGGAAAGAUCAAAACGGCCCUCAUUGAGAAUGCCAUCUAUUAUGGCACGUACCUUUUCAUCUUCGGCUCUCUUCUCAUCUAUGUGGCUGUGCAUCCUCAGUGGCGCCUCUCCUGGUAUGAGCUGCAAACCAUCGGCAUCACUGCGGCCAACACUUGGGGUCUGUUUCUUCUAGUGUUGCUGUUGGGCUACGGCCUGGUGGAGAUCCCUCGCUCGUACUGGGAGGCCUCGCGCCAGGGUCACCUCCUCAUCAAGACUUACUUCAAAGCGGCCAAGCUCAUGACAGAGAAGGCAGAUUCAGAGGAGAACCUAGAAGAUGUCAUGGAGGAAGUGAGAAAAAUCAAUGAAUCGAUCAAAUAUAAUCAUCCAUUAAGGAAGAAUGUGGACACCAUUCUCCGAAAGUGCCCAGUUGAAUAUCAGGAGAAAAUGGGCCGGAACAUGGACGACUAUGAGGAUUUUGAUGAUAAACAUAACACAUAUCCCACCGAAAGAAGCCUUUCAAAACUACACAAGCAGGUGAUCUACGCAGUCCAGCGGCACAAUCGCACCCGUGUUCAGUGGCAGAUAUUGCUGGAACAGGCUUUCCACCUUGAGGACAUUGCCAAGAAUGAAACCAGCACCUCUCGGCAGUUCGUUCACAGCUUUGCACUUCCAGAACCUGUCGGCUGGUUCAGACGCUACAUUUAUACUCCCACAGUAGAGUGGUACUGGGAGUGUUUGCUGAAGCAGUGGUUUUACCGUAUACUGUCUGUGGUUCUGUCGCUCUUUUCGGUGGCUGUGGUUUGGUCCGAGUGCACUUUCUUCAGUACUCGUCCCGUUCUGUCACUCUUUGCUGUGUUCAUCCAGCUUGCUGAGAGAGAUUACAACUACCUGUACAUCGAGAUGGCAUGCUUCAUUACCAUUUUUUUUCUUUGCACCUGCGUCUACUCGACUGUGUUUCGCAUUCGAGUCUUCAACUACUACUACCUGGCCUCACAUCACCAAACCGAUGCUUACAGCCUGCAGUUCAGUGGCAUGCUUUUUUGCCGCUUGACUCCCCCACUAUGUCUAAACUUCCUGGGACUGAUUCACAUGGAUUCUGCCAUAUCUCACCAAGCAAAGGAGCAGACAGCAUACACCUCUAUCAUGGGUUCCAUGCGGGUCCUGUCCUUCAUCGCCAAUGGCUUCUACAUCUAUUACCCCAUGCUGAUUGUCAUUCUCUGCAUUGCUACAUACUUCAGUCUUGGCACACGCUGCCUGAACCUACUGGGUUUCCAGCAGUUCAUGGGAGACGAGAUGACCUCUGACCUCAUAGAUGAAGGCAGAGAACUUCUGCGCAGAGAAAGAAGAAAACGCCAGAGAAUAGAAGAUGGGGAGAGCAGACGAAGAGAAUGGAGAGAGCGGUAUGCACAACGAGAUGAGAUUGCUGCCAGAAACCGGACUUCCAUGUCUGAGAUGAAGGAAACCAAUUACGGCGAAACCCUAAAUUCAAACACAAACCGCCAGGCCAAAUACACCCGUAGCAGCAGCCAGGCAGGGCGAGACAGCAUUGAGUUGCUUCAGGGUGCUGAGCCGUUGGACUUUAAUGCUGAAACACUCACUGAUGACCCUUUGCAAUCUGAACCUGGCAGACAUGCCGGUGGAAGGUACCUCUCAAUGUCUUCUUCUCGAAACCGAAUCUUUGACGAUGUUUGAUGUUUCUCACUUUGGUCAAAAACACUUUCAUGAGAAAAUAUGCUGAAUUUUUACUCUUAAUUCAUCUCUACUGGUGUGGUCUGUCCCUCUCGUUUUAAACCUCUUCGACUUCCUGUAUCCUGUAAUGCAAUGUAGUCCUCUGCAUGUGUCCUGAUAAACACACAGACUUGUAGAUAAUGCACACACUUGUUUUGAAGUGCCAGGCAGCCAGACUGCUACUUGAGACAAAUGGGAAAUGUCUCUUUUGCUCAGUUUCUUUACUUCGUUCCAAGAAAUGAGUCAGAGUUAAUGUUGAACAGUCAGAGUGCUCAGUCAGAAGUACUACAGACAGGAAGAUUUAACUCAACACAGUGUUUCUCAUCAUUUACUACUGAUAGGUAUCAGGUAAUGCAUCUGAGCGUUUACAUCAGUCAAGUAAAUAUGAACUGAUGUCAAUGUGGCCAAUUUGUGUUGUUAUUGUGAAUAGAGAUUUUAUAGGUCUAGGUCUUACAGAAUACUGUGCAGUUUUUCUUUUUCUCUCCAUGUGAUUGUUUCAGUAUAAAGCCAGGGAGAUUGCACAGGAUUGAGGGUUCAGAAAUCUGCAACUGGUCAAAAUAACUCAUAUUUAACCUUUCAAAGUGUUACGGCUUUGCAGUAGUUCACGUGAAUGGCAAAAUUUAUGUUUUGUGUGUUUUUAUUUUCAUGUCAUAUGCAUAAUUUAUAAUAAAUUGUUAUAAUAUUACUGUAAUAUUAUAAAAUCAUAAAAUUUUUCUUAACAUUCCAUCCAUGAAACGGUUCUUUUAACUUUUUUAAUGAAUGAAGGAAAUACUAAUUUUAAGUCUAAUAUUUAUUUUCACAAACAUUUAAUUAGGCAUGUAAAGAUGUAUUUAUCUUUUGGAAACAUUCUUUGCUUGUUUCACGUGGCUGUUACUCUUCAGUUGAAUUACUGAUCUCUGAUUAUAUUUGUCAUAUUAUUUUAGCUGUAGUCUUGUGGAUGAAUGUCUGAUAGGCCAUUUUUGAUUUGCACUGGCAUGUAUGUCACUUUUUCAGAAUAGACAAGGCUGUUGAAAUAGCUUUAGGGACACAUUCUGUUGUGUCAGGUUAAAUGGAUUAGAAGUACUUAUGUGCUGGUUUUCCAGACUUAUAAGCACCACUUUAUCACAAGUGCAGUUUUCUAAUAGAAAACACUGUCAUUAAACGAAUGUCUUGAAGGAAUCCGGUUAGCAACUACAUAACAAGCUUAUAAAACAGGACUAAUGAAUGCAUGGCAAGAUGUGAGCGAAUCAUGGUUUUUAAUACUUAAAAUUCUCACAGAAUCAUCAAGCAUAUCCAAUGUAAGUAUUUGCAUGGUGUUAUACUGAACUUGCUGAGAACUGAGUUAGGUAUUUUUCACUACAAAUAUCUGUUUCUCUCCACAAAUGCGAAGGUCAUUAUGAUUUCAUUUUAAAUUGAUGUAUUUUCAUAGUAAAUUUAGCCUUUCAAGUUUAAAUAAGGACCUUGUUUUGUAUUUUUUGUUCAUACCUUUUGCUAUGUUGAUAGUUAUUCAUAUUCACUGUGUAUUUAUGAAGAUAUGAAUUUAGUUGCCGGUGAGGUAUAACCUUUUUGAAAUGGUCAGUCCUCAAUUAGUAAAUUCAUAAAGGCUAACUGGAAUCUAAUGCUGAAUUCUGUUGAUUUGUAUAUUUGGUGUAAGUUCAUUGUGGCACAUAAAUAUAAACAUACUUAAUAUGUAAUCUUGCAGUUAUUAAUAAAUGAUUGAUUAAAUCA